AUGAAAGCUUCUGCCGUCGUGCUUUUGGUCGCAGCCCUCUGCGCGGGGACAGCUUUGUCGCUGCACUGUUACAAGUGCCAGGAUGCCAAAUCUCACGGGGAAUGCAAAGAUACCGUUAAGUGUAUGGAUCUGGACAGAGUUUGCGUGACACUGGAGCACCGCAAUCCAGCUCAGGAGCUUCUCAUCAGCAAAUGGUGUGCCCCAGAAUGCCCGGCCUUCACUUCUGAAAUCAAGGUGGCGAAGGCGAACUUCUCUUCUAAUUGCUGCGAGAUGGAUUACUGCAACAGCGGUGGGCCCAGCAGCGUGAAAACCAGCCACGCUCUCGUGGCCGUGGCCACACUGGCCAGCUUCGCCUACAUCCUCCGGACGGGGCUGUGAUGGUGCCUGAGGCGCAUGGGAAGCGCUCACAGCCCUGCGCUCCCCACACCCUGGGGCACCCGAGGGCUUUUCCAUGGAGGGCCACCGCACUCCCUCCGCAAGUGCCAUUGCCAAAUGCAUUCCUGUGUAAAGGUUUUGUGCACCGUGUGAACGGGCUCCGAGGGAGGGCUCA